CGGCCUUUAUUUCCUCUGCUGUAGUCCCUGUCCCUCCAUUUCCCGCGUGAGCUCCGUCCAAAACCCUAGCUGCAAAUGGGAGGAGAAGGAUAGAGAGAGAUCAAUCGAUCUCAAAUUCCUCGAGCCUCCAUGGAGUAGGGUUAGCUCCUCUUCCCCUCUCUCUCUCCCCCCGAUGGAUCCCGAUUAGUCUCUAUCUUCGAUGGAAACCCUAGCAAAUCCGGUCCGUGCGAUGGCCGCGGCGGUGGGUUCGGCGGCGCCGAGGGCCCCGCCGUGCGGCGCCAAAACCGCGCGGAGGCCGAGGAUCGUCCGGAUCGUCCUCGCCGACGCCGACGCCACCGACUCCUCGUCGUCCUCCUCGGGCGACGAGGAUGAAGCGGGGAGGAGGCGGCGUCGGGGGGUGAAGCGGAGCGUGCUCGAGGUCACCGCCGGGGCGUCGGAGGCGGUGAGGUUCCGCGGCGUGCGGCGGCGGCCGUGGGGCCGGUGGGCGGCGGAGAUCCGCGACCCGGCGCGGCGGCGGAGGGUGUGGCUGGGGACGUUCGACACGGCGGAGGAGGCCGCCGCCGCCUACGACAGCGCCGCCGUGCGGAUGCGGGGCCCGAGGGCGGUGACCAACUUCCCGGCGACGAUCCCGGCCCCGGAGCUCCCCGCGCCGCCGGAGAAGGGCGGCGGCGCCACCACCUCCUCCGCCACGAUCGGAGAUUCCCAUCCCUAUCCCUCGCCUUUGUCGGUGCUCUGCGACUCGCUGUUUGUAUGUAAGUAAUCGAACGCCUUCUAAUUUAGUUUUUUUCUUUUUUCAAAAAAAAAAAGGGGAUUUUUAGGGGUUUGUGUUGAUCUUCAGUAUUAGAAUUAUGGGAAAAUUUUGGUGAAAAUAUAUGUGUGUUGUGAUUGUAUGAAGAGUGCUUGUGAUUAUGAUUGUGAGAAUGUGGGCUCUGCUCACUGUAGGGUUGUUUUGAUGUUGUAUACUCGUAUUAGUGUUUGUAAUUAGUUACUUAAUGAGGUAGGCUUCGUGUUUUUUUUUUUAAA